UCAAGGCCGUUCGGGCGAACUAUUCCAGCGCCUAGUAUGGCUUAGUGCGAUGCCGUCUCUGAUUGUCCAUUGUUGCACGUGGAACGUCGGCGAUGAAAAACCGGGAGAUGAAGAUCUUUCUUCUUUUCUUGGCGUCAACUCCAAACCGUCGCCUGAUGUCAUAAGCGUUGCACUUCAAGAAGUUUGUGGUGACGAUGCAUGGAGACGAAAGCUCUUGGAACAUUUGUAUCCACAUGGCUAUGUGCUGAUCAAGUCACGAAAUUGUUGGGCAAUUUGGAUAUUCUCAUUUUUAAAGCGAAACCUUUUGCCUGCAGUUACAAAUAUUGAAUCUGAGGUUACGGCCUCAGGAUACGCUGGUGUCAUGGGAAAUAAGGGUGGGGUUAGUGCAAGGUUUGAACUUUGCGGAAUAAACAUGAUAUUCCUUUCGUGUCAUUUUACUGCCCACAGAGAAAAUAAGCAGGAUCGCCUAAAUGACUAUAUCGAUAUCAUAGAUCAUCAGAGUUUUAGAGAUGAAGAUGUCAAUGUCAUCAUCGAUCAUGAUUAUGUUUUUUGGAUGGGUGAUUUAAACUUUCGUAUUGAUCACCUCACAAAAUCCGAAGUGGAAUUAAUGGUCGAGGAAAAACGUUUUGACGAACUUCUACAACACGACCAACUUCUUAACAUGAAAAACGAAAAGCUGUUAUUUCAGGAUUUCAAUGAAGGCACUAUACACUUCCCUCCAACUUUUAAAUUUGAUAAGGGAACGGAUACAUACGACAGUAGUAAAAAGCAGCGCGUUCCUGCGUGGACGGACCGCAUAUUAUAUAUGGUCCAUCGGGAUUUCGCUCUGGAUCACCACCUUAACCUCACUGAAACUGACCGACAAAGAACAGCUAGCCCAUCUCGUCGAUUACCUGUACGUGGAUCGCCAUCCGAAGUGGCUGAAAAGUUCCCAGCAAACACUUCUAUUAAAGGAAGACAACAUCCUGAAGCCGUUCUACUCAAGUACACCAGUUUGAGUGAAUACAAGACUUCGGAUCAUCGGCCAGUUAUUGCGGUUUUCAGAUUGUCAGUACCUCCUAGGUGGUUUAGUUUACCUGUCAAAUUUAUUGAACCUGAUGGCAAAGUAUAUCCUCUCAAUGCCAAUUUGGAAAUAUCUUACCAAGUUCUUGAUCCGCCUGGCUUAUUAAGGCUUUCAGAAACAAAUUCAUUACUUUCAUCUAAAGAAUAUGUCCCAGUAUCUGAUUUCGCCAAACUACUAUUAUUGAAUACACUAGGAAAUUCUGCAAAAGCGGGAAAGUCAGAAAAAACAAAUGAUGAUUUGAGUCCAUUGGCUCCUCAAACUCUACAAACUACAUCAUUCGACUGGAUAGCCCUUUACCCAGCAGAAUUUUCGGAUCUGGAAAAAGAUUAUAUAACUUAUGUUUAUGCAUCAAGUAAUGUGUCUCAAACGAAACACCGAAAAAAUUCUGUUUCCUCUGCUUUAUUACAGCCUCCGAAUAAAGCGAAAUUUCAAGAGUUAUAUAAAACGAAAAUUGAAGCAAGUCGACUAAAGGAUUUACCUGGUCAAUCAUUUUGUCUUGUCUAUAUGAGUCGUAAUAAGCAUUGUCCUCAGGGUUAUAGUUUACCUUUCAAGUUACAGAUUUAAUUUUGUACUCAACAUGCAGAAAAGAAUAUUCGACUGACAGACCACAAAACCUUGAACGGUUCAUACUUCUUGUUUACUUGUUACCUGAGAUACACAAACAGAUGAAUCUCCAUUAUCUCACUGUAUGUUCAGUGUUCUGCGGUUUUAAUCGUGUUUUUUUUAUUUGUAUGUAUUGUGCUUAUUACUAACAUUGUUUCCUCACUAUUUUAUUUAUGUUUUUUUGUAAUUGUUUACUUUUGUUGUUUUUCUCUUGCUUCUUAUUUUAUAUUUAGCUCAAAAUCUAACUUUUACUCAACAUAUAUAUGUGUCCUUCAUUUGGUGUUGUCUGUAUUUUGAGAUUAAGUGCUUGAAUGUUUGAUUUUGGCUUUUUGAGUGUAGUAUGUAUCUUACAAUGGGAAGCGGUCGCUUAGUGUUUAAGGUACUCAAUUUCUAACCACUAAGUCCCAGGUUCGACUACCACCUUUACUAUGUCAGUUUGGAUAGCUAGGUAGUAUCGCUAUCUCAAAUGUAUCAACUAAGGCUUAAAGCCGAUCACAGAUAUCUUUAUCCAGUAAAUAAAUUGCGUCAUCAUAUCCUAUUGUUUUAUUUUUCGAAACGUUGUUGGAUGACAUUGUACACUUACAUUUACACGUGAAGAAAAAAUUCAUACUUCUCAUCUUAAAUAAAAUGAUCUUGCUAAUAAUGAAUUUUGAUAAAGCAUUUUUUAACUGAUAGAAAUACUGACCUAGCAUCUGUU